AUGCGGGAGGAAAUGCAGGCAGAUCCACAGACAAGAAAGGAGAAAGACGCUUUGAGAGGAAUCACUGUAAACAUGCCUGAGCCCCAGACGCCAGCAGCCAAGGGCGAUGAGACUGCAGCAGCCUCUGCUGACAAGAAGGAGAAGACCGUGGAGGAGGAGGACAAUGUACCAGGGGAGGAUCAUCAGCUGUCCGAGCCGAGCGGCAUUUUCGUGGAGAGGCCGGAGAGUGCGACAGCAACAAAAGGCAAGGACAUUACAUUUGUGGCUAAAGUUGACUCCUCGAACCUGUUGAGGAAGCCAAACAUGAAAUGGCUGAAAGGGAAGUGGCUCGACCUGGGCAGCAAAGCUGGGAAGCACCUGCAGUUCAAAGAGGUCUACGACAGGAACACCAAGAUCUACACUUACGAGAUGAGCCUCAUCAAAGUAGUGGAUGGAGACGCAGGUGGCUACCGCUGCGAGGUCACCUCCAAAGACAAGUGCGACAUCUGCACAUUCGAAGUCACCGUGCAGGCUGUACAAGAAGAGCAGCAGGACAACAUCUUGGAGUCGUUUAAGCGAUCUGGAGAUGCAGGCGAGGAUGCUGGUGAUCUAGACUUCAGUGCCCUGCUCAAGAAAAGGGAGAAGAAGCAAAAGGUCGUAGAAGAAGUGGAUGUGGAUGUGUGGAACAUCCUGAAGGACGCCAAGCCCUGUGACUAUGAGAAGAUCGCCUUUGAGUAUGGCAUCACGGACCUGAGGGGCUUGCUCACGAGGCUGAAGAAGAUGAAGAAGGUGGAGCCCAAGAAGAGUGAUGCUUUCCUGAAGAAGCUGGAAGCGGCCUACUCUGUGGAAAAGGGCAAGAAGAUCCAUCUCAUGGUGGAGCUGGCUGACCUCAACGCUCCAAUCAAGUGGCUCAAAAAUGGACAGGAAAUCAAACCGUCGGCCAAGUAUGUGUUUGAGAGCGUGGGCAACAAGCGGACACUCACUAUCAACAAGUGCAACCUGUCUGAUGACGCAGCGUACGAGUGCGUGGUCGGGGAGGAGAAGUGCUUCACGGAGGUUUUUGUCAAAGAGCCUCCGAUCACCAUCACCAAGCUGCUGGAUGACGUUCACACCGUGGUGGGAGAGAAGGUGGAGUUUGAGGUGGAGGUGUCCGAGGAAGGAGCCAAUGUCAAAUGGAUGAAGGAUGGAGUUGAGCUAAACAGGGAAACAGCAGGUUCAAAGUACAGGUUUAAAAAGGACGGGAAGAGACACAUUUUGAUCAUAAAUGAAGCUACGAAGGAGGAUAUUGGAAUGUAUCAUGCGCUCACCAACGGCGGCGAGUCGAAGGCAGAACUGGAGAUUGAAGAUAAGGAGCUGGAGGUUCUCCAGAGCAUCGCUGACCUGACAGUGAAGGCUGCUGAACAGGCCAUGUUCAAGUGCGAAGUGUCUGAUGAAAAGGUGACGGGGAAAUGGUUCAAGGACGGCGUGGAAGUCCAGCCCAGCGAUCGCAUCAAAAUCACACACAUUGGAAGGACCCACAAGCUGAUGAUUGAUGAAGUGAAGCCUUCGGACGCUGGAGAUUAUACGUUUGUCCCUGAUGGAUACGCGCUCUCUCUCUCUGCAAAACUCAACUUCCUGGAAAUCAAGAUCGAUUAUGUUCCCAGACAAGACCCUCCCAAAAUACACCUGGACACCAGCGGCACCGGCAGCAAGAACACCAUCACCGUGGUGGCCGGAAACAAACUUCGCCUCGACGUUGAGAUCACAGGCGAGCCGGCGCCCACUGUGUGCUGGAUGAAAGGAGACGAGGUGGUGUCCGAGGCCGAGGGAAGGGUCCGCGUGGAGUCGACGAAGACCCUGAGCACCUUUGUGAUUGAGGGGGCGGAGAAAGGCGAUGAGGGCCCCUACUCCAUCACCGUAACUAACCCCGCCGGAGAGGACAAGGUUGAACUCAUGAUUAAGAUUGUGGAUGUGCCCAACCCUCCUGAGAAUGUCGAAUGCACAUCAGUUGGCGAGGACUUUGGCACGAUCACUUGGGACCCUCCUGCAUUUGACGGCGGAGUUCCCAUUAAAGGGUACCUGAUGGAGAGGAAGAAGGUUGGCUCAUCCAGAUGGACCAAGCUGAACUUCGAUGUUUACGAGUCCACCACAUAUGAGGCUAAGAGGAUGAUCGAAGGUGUACUCUAUGAGAUGAGAGUUUUUGCAGUCAACGGCAUUGGCAUCUCUCAGCCCAGCGCAAACUCAAAGCCCUUCAUGCCCAUUGCCCCCACCGGCGAGCCCACUCGUCUCACGGUGGAUGAUGUGACAGACACUACCUGUGCACUCAAGUGGCGUCCUCCAGAGAAAAUCGGAGCAGGCGGCAUCGACGGUUACAUCAUUGAGUACUGCAUAGAAGGAAGUGAUCAGUGGGUGCAAGCCAACGAAGAACCAGUGGGGAAGAACCAGUACAGGGUGAAGGGUCUCCCAAUGGGGGAGAAGAUGCUGUUCAGAGUGGUGGCGGUCAACAUCGCUGGACGCAGCCCCCCCGUCACUCUCUCCCAGGCCGUCACCAUCAGGGAGAUCGUGGAGAAUCCAAAGAUCCGCGUGCCUCGCAAUCUGAGGACCAAACUCAUCAGGCUAGUGGGCGAGAAGGUGAACUUGGUCAUCCCCUUUCAGGGUAAGCCUCACCCUGUCGUGACCUGGUCCAAAGAUGGCGUUCUCCUGGAGGACAAAACCGUGGGAAUUCGUACCAGUCACGUGGACACCAUCUUCUUCAUCCGCUCGGCAGAGAGAACCCACUCUGGGAAGUACACGCUGUCCGUUCAGAUUGAGAACGUGUCGGACAGCGCUGACGUGCACAUCCAGGUCAUAGAAAAGCCCGGUCCUCCCGUUGCCGUGCAUGUCGCGGAGGUGUGGGGUUUCAAUGCGGCGCUGGAGUGGAAGCCGCCCAAAGACGACGGCAACUGUGAGAUUAUCGGCUACACUAUUCAGAAGGCCGACAUGAAGACUAAGGAUUGGUUCACGGUCUUCGAGCACAACCGCAGGCCCAGCUGCACUGUCCCCGACCUGGUCAUGGGGAACGAGUAUUUCUUUCGAGUGUUCAGCGAAAACAUCUGCGGCCUCAGCGUCGAGGCCGGCAUCAGCGAGAACACCGCCAUCGUUGGCAAAACAGGUUUGUCCCAUAACCGUCCACCUUUCAAAGAGAUGGAGGUGAACUGUUCCCCCAAAUUCACAGCGCCCCUGGUGGACAGAAGUGUGAUUGCAGGUUAUGCUGCAGCCAUCAGCUGUGCUGUCCGUGGCUACCCAAAGCCAAAGAUCAUUUGGAUGAAGAACAACAUGAUCAUCGGUGAAGACCCCAGGUUUAUGAUACGGAACAACCAGGGCGUGUUGACUCUGAAUAUCCGCAAGCCGAGCAUGUUUGAUGGGGGAAAAUACUCCUGCAGGGCCAUCAACGAUCUCGGACAGGACGAGGUGGAGUGCAGGCUCGAGGUUCGAGUUGUACAAGAGAAAGGAGUGGAGGCGAAGAAAUGAGCGACAGCGCGAAGCAGCAGAGGAUACAGUCGAACAGGAAUAGUAAUGGAUUAUGUAUA